ACUUCCUCAUUUCCUCCUGAAGCACUUCAGGAACCCGAUAAGCCCUGCACGGUCGAAACUGCAGGCCUCGGGCGGCUUGGGCUUAUGAGAAGCUGUCCUCUGCUUCCAGGAGGUCACGCUGACAUCACGGGUUCGAAGAAGUCCGCAAGGUCUCAGGGGCAUCCUUUAAAAUGAGAGACCACGUAAGGUCGCGGGUGUCUCCAGUCACACAGCGGAGAGCAUCCCUCGGUGGAGCGGGUCCCACGAAGGCCGGCCUGGCCUAAGACACGGCUCGGUAGCGCCUGGCGGGCCGCCUUCGAGCCUGGCUUUGCAGAGCUCCCCACACGCAGGCACAGAGCCCACCCCCCACCCACUGUUGCCGACACUUGCUCCCAAGCCUCAAGUCCGCACCGAUCUGCGGUGUCUGGGUGCAGUUUGGACGGGGCGCCUUACGUAAUGAUCGGUGGUUCCAGCCAUUUGACACAAGCCAAAGGAGAAAAAAAAAAAGUCUGGCUGGCAUCUGAUUUUAUGAGCUUUUGCUUUCAUGGCAAGAAGCGAGAGAUGAUCUCUGGGCGUAGAGAUCCCCACAUUCCCGGGCCUGCUGCUCUCAGAAAGCGUUUCCAUUGCACCGUGUAGGGAGCACAGGACAUCAGAAAACCAGGGGCUCGUGUGCACCAGGGCCUGGACACCCACCCCUCCCCCCCCCCCCAACCCCAACAGGCCCAUUUAAAGACACUCUUACAUAAUAGAUCAGUAAGAAGGACAGACACAGGACGGGACUCUCUCCUCAGCAGCAAAAUCGGAGUGUCCGGAGAUGUUUGGUAACAGUCUCAUCCCCGCCCCCCUUCUGGUGCUCAGAUAACGUGGAAAAUGUGAGUCUCGGUGUUUCCACGUUUCAAGCUGCCUGGCGGCUUUAGAACAGAUUCCGGCCAUCACAGCUCUAGACCCAGAGGAAGACUGGCUCGGGGAAGGACGGGCGCCAGCCCGGAGGAGUGGAAGUUGGACCUCCGUAACGGGACGGCGGCCACCGUCCACUGAGCACCGACCACAUGCCAGGAGGAGGGCCAGAGACGGACGACUAUAUGGAGACACUGAAGGAUGAGGAGGACGCCUUGUGGGAGAACGUGGAGUGCAACCGGCACAUGUUGAGUCGCUACAUCAACCCAGCCAAGCUCACCCCCUACCUGCGCCAGUGCAAGGUCAUCGAUGAGCAGGAUGAGGACGAAGUGCUCAGUGCACCCAUGCUGCCGUCCAAGAUCAACCGGGCAGGCCGACUGUUGGAUAUUCUACACACAAAGGGCCAGAGGGGCUAUGUGGUCUUCUUGGAGAGCCUGGAAUUCUACUACCCAGAACUGUACAAACUGGUGACUGGAAAGGAGCCCACCCGGAGAUUCUCUACCAUUGUGGUGGAGGAGGGCCACGAGGGCCUCACGCACUUCCUGAUGAACGAGGUCAUCAAGCUGCAGCAGCAGAUGAAGGCCAAGGACCUGCAGCGGUGCGAGCUGCUGGCCAAGUCGCGCCAGCUGGAGGACGAGAAGAAGCAGCUGACGCUGACGCGGGUGGAGCUGCUGACCUUCCAGGAGCGGUACUACAAGAUGAAGGAGGAGCGCGACAGCUACAACGACGAGCUGGUCAAGGUGAAGGACGACAACUACAACCUGGCCAUGCGCUACGCCCAGCUCAGCGAGGAGAAGAACAUGGCGGUCAUGAGGAGCCGAGACCUCCAACUCGAGAUCGACCAGCUCAAGCACCGGUUGAAUAAGAUGGAGGAGGAGUGUAAGCUGGAGAGGAACCAGUCGCUGAAACUGAAGAACGACAUUGAGAAUCGGCCCAAGAGGGAGCAGGUCCUGGAACUGGAGCGGGAGAACGAGAUGCUGAAGACCAAAAUCCAAGAGCUGCAGUCCAUCAUCCAGGCCGGGAAGCGCAGCCUGCCCGACUCGGACAAGGCCAUCCUGGACAUCCUGGAGCACGACCGCAAGGAGGCUCUGGAGGACCGGCAGGAGCUCGUCAACAAGAUCUACAACCUGCAGGAGGAGGUCCGCCAGGCAGAGGAGCUGCGGGACAAGUACCUGGAGGAAAAGGAGGACCUGGAGCUGAAGUGCUCGACGCUGAGCAAGGACUGCGAGAUGUACAAGCACCGCAUGAGCACCGUCAUGCUGCAGCUGGAGGAGGUGGAGCGCGAGCGGGACCAGGCCUUCCAUUCCCGGGACGAAGCGCAGACCCAGUACUCGCAGUGCUUGAUCGAGAAGGACAAGUACAGGAAGCAAAUCCGAGAGCUGGAGGAGAGGAAUGACGAGAUGAGAAUCGAGAUGGUCCGGCGGGAGGCCUGCAUCGUCAACCUGGAGAGCAAGCUUCGGCGCCUGUCCAAGGACAGCGGCAGCCUCGACCAGAGUCUGCCCAGGAACCUGCCAGUGGCCAUCAUAUCUCAGAACUUCGGGGACGCCAGCCCUAGGACCAACGGUCAGGAAGCCGACGACUCGUCAACCUCGGAGGAGUCACCAGAAGACAGCAGAUACUUCCUGCCCUGUCACCCCCCCAAGCGCAGGAUGAAUCUGAAGGGCAUCCAGCUGCAGAGAGCUAAAUCCCCCAUCAGCCUGAAGCGAGCCUCAGAUUUCCAAGGGCGAGGCCAUGAGGAAGAAGGCACUGAUGCGAGCCCCAGCUCCUCCAGAUCCCUGCCCAUCACCACCUCGUUCUCCAAGAUGCAGCCCCACCGGAGCCGCUCCAGCAUCAUGUCAAUCACCGCUGAGCCCCCCGGAAACGACUCUAUUGUCAGGCGCUAUAAGGAAGACGCGCCUCACCGGAGCACCGUGGAAGACGACAACGAGAGUGGCGGGUUCGACGCCUUGGACUUUGAUGACGACAGUCACGAGCACUGCUCCUACGGCCCCUCGUCCGUCCACUCCUCAUCCUCCUCCCACCAGUCCGAGGGCCUGGACGCCUACGACCUAGAGCAAGUCAACCUCAUGUUUAGGAAGUUCUCUCUAGAAAGACCCUUCCGGCCGUCUGUCACGUCGGUGGGGCACGUGCGGGGCUCCGGGCCCUCCACGCAGCACGCCAUGCUGAAUGGCGACAGCCUCGCCUCACAGCUCACCCUGCUCGGGGGCAACGCCCGGGGGAGCUUCAUCCACGCGGUCAAGCCGGGCUCCCCGGCCGAGAAGGCGGGCCUCCACGAGGGCCACCAGCUGCUGGGGCUGGAAGGCUACAUCAAAGGGGAGAGGCAGAGCGUCCCCUUGGAAACGUGCACGAAGGAGGAGGUGCACUGGACCAUCCAGAGGUGCAGUGGCCCCGUCACACUGCACUACAAAGUCAACCAGGAAGGGUACCGGAAGCUGCUGAAGGACAUGGAGGAGGGCCUGGUCACGUCCGGGGACUCAUUCUACGUCCGGCUGAACCUGAACAUCUCCAGCCAGCUGGACGCCUGCACCAUGUCGCUCAAGUGCGACGACAUCGUGCACGUCCGGGACACCAUGUACCAGGACAGGCACGAGUGGCUGUGCGCGAGGGUCGACCCUUUCACGGACCAUGACCUCGACGUGGGCACCAUACCCAGCUACAGCCGAGCCCAGCAGCUCCUCCUGGUCAAGCUGCAGCGCCUGAUGCACAGGGGCAGCCGAGAGGAGGCAGACCCCACGCACCACACCCUGAGGGCGCUCCGGAACACCCUGCAGCCUGAAGAGCCGGUUUCCACCAGUGACCCCCGGGUCAGUCCCCGCCUCUCUCGGGCAAGUUUCCUUUUCGGCCAACUCCUCCAGUUCGUCAGCAGGUCCGAGAACAAGUACAAAAGGAUGAACAGCAACGAGCGGGUCCGCAUCGUCUCGGGGAGCCCGCUGGGGAGCCUGGCCCGGUCGUCGCUGGACGCCAGCAGGCCCUCGACCGAGAAGCAGGAAGAGCCAGACCCCGAGAGCGAGCUCGGCAAGAACCUCAGCCUGAUCCCCUACAGCCUGGUGCGCGCCUUCUACUGCGAGCGCCGCCGGCCCGUCCUCUUCACGCCCACCGUGCUGGCCAAGGCGCUGGUCCAGAAGCUGCUCAACUCCGGAGGCGCCAUGGAGCUCACCAUGUGCAAGCCGGAUGUUGUCACCAGAGACGAGUUCCUCAGGAAGCAGAAGACGGAGACCAUCAUCUACUCGCGAGAGAAGAACCCCAACACUUUCGAAUGCAUCGUUCCCGCCAACAUUGAAGCUGUGGCCGCCAAGGACAAGCACUGCCUGCUGGAGGCCGGGAUCAGCUGCACCAGAGACUUGAUCAAGUCGAGGAUCUACCCCAUCGUGCUCUUCAUCCGGGUGUCGGAGAAGAACAUCAAGAGGUUCAGGAAGAUGCUGUCCCGGCCCGAGACGGAGGACGAGUUCCUGCGGCUGUGCCGGCUGAAGGAGAAGGAGGUGGAGGCCUUGCCCUGCCUGUACGCCACGGUGGAGGCCGACAUGUGGGGCAGCGUGGAGGAGCUGCUCCGCGUCCUCAAGGACAAGAUCAGCGAAGAGCAGCGCAAGACCGUCUGGGUGGACGAGGACCAGCUGUGAGGCGGGGCCCGGGGCCGAGGCGGCUCGGAGGGGCUUGCGGACCCCGGCGGGCGGUGCCGUGGGCGCGAGGGGGCCCCGUCCACCCGGUCACGCGGGCCCCAGGGAGCUGAGGGGACGGACCCGGACCCGGACCGGUCAGCUGGGAACGGGCCGCCCCGGCCGCACGCGUCGUCGCGACGCCAGGCCGGAGGCCA